AUGUCCGGUAUCGAAACCAUCGGGGCGAUAAUCAGCCUCGCCUCCGUGGCCAUCGACAGUUAUAAACAUCUAUCUCAAGUAUAUAAGGUGUACAAUAAGGCGGCCUCGGCGCGUGCAGCCCGCCGUGCCGAGUACGGACUGUUCACCGCCUAUAUCUUAGACUUCUUCCCGGAGGCGCUUUCGGUAAUGAAUCGAGUCGAGCGAUACGUACUUCAGGCAGAAGAUGUUCAGGCCGUGGCAUUCAUGAAAUCAUACACCUCGAGCUUCAACAUGAUAGGUGUUGCGGGUGCCAUCAUAGCACAGGUUGCCAUAACCGCGAUCGGACUGACACGAGUGGAGGACUCCCAUUGGACUGCUGAGGCUUUCUUCGUAGUCAGCUUAGUGUCCGGCGCGCUCUCUGUUUUCUUCUCCUGCGCCAUCAGCCCAGCAUUCCAUGGCCUGCACAAUGCCGACGCUAUUAAAGAUUUCCUGGCAAAACCUACCACGCAAAUGGUCAAAAAGCUGGAAGGCAUUCUCAACUCGGCAGAGAACCAUCCAAGACUCAGCCAGAGCCACCUGGAGUCCUUGAAGCAAAUUUACGACGCGCGGUGGCGCGUCCCUUCGGCUUAUGCUGCGAUAAUGCUCACUGUUCCAAUGACAUUGCUCAACAUCGCCCUCAACGCUUUCCUCGUCGGACUCGGGAUAUACCUGGGCAGAAUGUACACGGAGGAUCUCAUCCCAUCCUACGGCCUGGGAUCCUUGGGCAUCUUGAUCUUCUUCCUCGUCACUGCCGUCCUCGGCAUCGGCACAUGGUACAUUCCCCAGCGCUUCAAGAGCAUCGAAGAAGAACCCCUCGCGCGAUACAGAGGGCUUUUGCAUGCAAAUAAAGCUUCGCCACCGGCUAUCCAACCACCCGGCGAGACGACUACGCCCGCAGAUAAUGUGCCCCCUCCAGAGGCAUCGUCAACAGCUGUUCCUCAAUCCAUGCAUAGUCCACGAAGCGGGGGAGGAGUUCGCUAUGACAUUCCUGAAGAUCAAAUUGUAACUCCGUCAGCACCAGCUCAAGCGGACAGUGCACGACCUUCCGCCGACGCGGUAUUCCCCCAACCCUCCCAAAAUACUCCAGCCUCUCGCCCUUCAUCCCCGGAGCCAAAUAUUGCAGAAAUGCUUCGGAGGCCCGACUUCUCUGACAUGAUGCGCAGAGGCAGCCGCGAAGUCGGAAGUGAAAGCAUGCAAGCAGCCCUGGCAGAUCUGAUUCAAGCCCAACAAGCUACGCUCCUAGCAAGUCAACGGCUGAUGGAAGCUUUCCAGCAAGAGGGAGAACAUCCAUGA